UGGUGCUGAUUUGAAAACCACUUCACGCUCGAUCAGUGGUGGGGUAAAAGUAAGAUUAGAACGCGUCAGACCGCGGAUAGCUUCACACGCGCACGCUAGAGAAUGCCGAAUAUAAAGCUCUACACAGCAAAACUCAGCCCGCCGGGACGUGCCGUAGAAUUGACGGCAAAGUUGUUGGGACUAUCGCUGGACGUCGUGCCAAUCAAUCUGCUGGCCGGCGAUCACCGGAAGGAUGAAUUUCUGAAGCUGAACCCACAGCACACGAUUCCGAUCAUCGACGAUGGUGGUGUUAUCGUGCGAGACAGUCAUGCCAUCAUCAUCUAUCUGGUGCUUAAGUACGGUCAGGACCACAGCCUAUAUCCGGAUGAUCCGAUCAUAAGGGCCAAGGUAAAUGCUGCUCUUCACUUUGACUCCGGUGUGCUGUUCUCGCGGUUGCGAUUCUAUUUCGAACCGAUUUUGUACGAGGGAUCAUCCGAGGUACCGCAGCACAAGAUCGAUUACAUGAAGAAAGGCUACGAGUUGCUUAACGAUGCGCUGGUAGAUGAUUAUAUGGUAGGGAAUACGUUGACACUCGCUGAUGUUAGCUGCAUCGCAACGAUAGCAACGAUGGAAGAAUUUUUCCCUAUGGAACGAAGCAAAUAUCCGGCGCUCGUGGCUUGGAUUGAACGGUUGAGCCACACUUUGCCAGAGUACGAGCAGCUUAACCAGGAAGGAGCCGUCGAAUUUGCCGAAAUCUGCGAAUCAUUGAGACUUAAAAAUGCGAUCAAAGCAAAGUACACAUUCUUAAACAUGGCUACACCGAGCAUGGUUCUGUAUUACGAUGAAGUUAGUCCCCCGGUACGUGGCGUACUGCUGACGAUUGCUGCACUGGGUGUAAAGGAUCGGAUAAAGUUCGAGUACAUCAAUCUCUUCAACGGUGGUCAUCUAAGUGCUGAUUUUAUAAAGAUUAAUCCUCUACAUACAAUUCCCGUGCUGCGUCACGGUGAUUUGACGCUCAUCGACAGUCAUGCCAUAUUGAUGUACCUUUGCGAUACAUUCGCACCAGCAGAGCAUACCUUUGCCAUACCGGAUACUCUAACGAGAGCGAAAGUCUUCAAUAUGCUGUGCUUCAACAAUGGCCACCUAUUUCAGCGUGACGCAGAAGUUAUGCGUAAAAUUUUUAGUGGCGAUAUUACCGAUCCAACAAAGCAUCUCAAACCGAUCCAGGAAACGAUCGAUGCAUUGGAACACUUUCUUCAGCAGACGCGUUAUACCGCACUCGAUCGCCUUUCGGUGGCGGAUCUCGCUAUAGUGGCCACAUUGAGCACACUGAAUCUGUUGGUACCGAUCGAUGCCGAUCGAUGGCCGCGUGUGCACGAGUGGUUUAAGGAGAUGCAAUCGCUGCCCUACUACAACGACCAGAAUCGAGUUGGGUUGGAAAAGUUGCGCAAAAUAUUAAGCACAAAAAUUAAGAUCUAGAUAGGAACUUUCUACAUCAUUAAUACAUUCGAGAGCCUAGGCGGUCAUACGUUUGGAUGUUUUUUUUUCGGUUCCUUUUAUUGUGCAUGCCUUGAGUGUUUUUGAAGUGCAGGAUUACAGAUUCCCUCAUCAUGUAUCUCAAAUGUUUCUUUUUUCGCCUUGCUUUCAUGGGAAUCAACACAGCGGACCGCAGCUUUGGAAAGCUAAGUUUGCAGAAUAUCAUUCGCUGAAGGAUGCAUAACAUAUGUCGGUUUGUUACUGACUCUUAAUAGUUAAUAGUUUCCACAUGAGUAAUAUAUUCAUCUCAACAAUAACCUGACAAAGUGUGACUAUUACUCAACACAUCUAAUAAACUGCGUCCAUUUGAA